UUUCUCUUCAAGCUUAUAUAAAGCUCCUCCAUUGUUUUGAUCAUCAUCAUCCAUAAGUUUCUAAAACUUCUUGUUGUUCCUCUGUCGCACUCGGAUAUGUUUUCUUAAACUUAAAUCAAUUUUCAGAAGACGAACAAUGCAGAAAGUGGUAAUAAGAUUAUUGGAUUUGGAUCUAAACGAUGAAGGCUGCAAACAAAGAUCCAUUGAAGCUGUUUCUUCUCAAUUUUUCACAGGGGAAGUUACAAUAUCAACGGAUGCGGAGGAAAACACAUUAAUAGUUAUCGGAAAAAGAGUUGUUCCACAAGUAAUUGUAGACAGAUUGGGACAAUAUGUUUGUCAAGCAGAAGUAGUUUCAGUUGAGACAGUAGAAGAAGCAAAACCGAAGAAAUUUCAAUUUGCUGAUCUAAUUGAUAAGACUCCUCGUUCAGCGGCAGCGGAAAGGGUGAGAAAGUUAGGAGAUGCCAUUCACCAAUCAAAAAAAACUGAACCCAAACUCGACCCACGGUUCAAAACUAAAGAAUGGCCUGAAUUCAAACCAGUAGGAUUGGGUCAAUAUAGAAAAGUCGACAAACAAGGAGGAUUUGCUCAAAACUUCAACCCACCAGGAGGAUUACCAGCAGGAUUUGUCGACCAAAAACACGGAGGAUUUGCUAAAAACUUCAACCCACCAGGAUUACCAGCAGGAUUUGUUGAACACAAAAACGGAGGAUUUGCUAAAAACUUCAACCCACCAGGAUUACCAGCAGGGUUUGCUGACAAGAAACACGGAGGAUUUGCUCAAUUAGCUGAACGACACAAACUACACAAAGCACCAGAAUCUGGUCAAUAUGGAUUCGUUGACGAACAUAAAAAUCCAUAUGUCGGAUUAUAUAGAGAUACCAGUACCAGUGCAGCAACCAGCAAAGGUUGGAGUACAAUCUCCGGUGCCAGUACAGGUUCUAGUACCAGUGCAAGAAUCAGUAGAAGUUCCAGUUCAUUCUCCGCUGCCAGUACAGGUACCAGUAGCGGUUCCAGUACAACCUCCGCUGCCAGUAUAUUAACCAGUAGAGGUACUAGUAGAAUCCCUGGUAACAGUAGAGAUACCGAAACCACUACUGAGAUCUUACGCCAGGAAAAGAAGAAAAAAGAAAAGAAGUAGUUAAGUGAUCGCACCACUUAAAAGAGAUUAAUUGUAAACAAUCAAAGUUAUCAAAGAAUAAGGUUGGGGGGAACAAGGUGGUUUAGAAAAUGGAACCUAACACCAAUUGAUAAGAAAUAUGUAUCUUCUCUUUUGUUUUGGUUAGUAAGAUAAGGAAAUGAGGAUGAAAAUUAUGCUAA